UCACUUUUUUUUAUUGAGCAAUUUGCAGAAAACACGUGCUGUCUCUCUCAUGCACAGCAAGCUCUUUGAGUAGACGUAUACAAUGUUUUAGCAACAGUUAACAUCCUUUAUUUAAGCCUAAAUAGAUUGUGUAUGGGCCUUUUUUAUCACACUGAAUUCUGACCUAAAGUGUUUUGAUUUCUUUAUUUUAUAAAAAUGCAUAAGAUUCAACAAGUUUGGGGAAUUAAUUCGUCGGAAUAGACAUUGCCUCUUAACAUUACAAUUACUCUUGUGUUAUGUAGCCUACAUUGAAGUAUGUUUCAGGGCACCAACACAAUUUGUGUUCAAUUAUCUUCUCAAAAGGCAACAUUAGCUUUCAAAGUGCACCCGUGGCUGUGGUUACAGUGAUCGUACUUCAUACCCAUUCUUCUGAACAGAUCAUGCAAUGAGUCGAAAAAGCAGAACUCUGUGAAACUGUCUCAGAUAGACAGUCACACCGAGGACGCACAGAAGCGGUGACGCGCCACCGUGCGCUUGGUCACUUGUUCUUUCUCCGUCUAGAGGUAGCUCGCGUUCAGAGAAUCGCAUAGGAUAGAAGAACAGACGAAGUGUUUAACCGAUCGACUAGUUAGCUACGACGAAAUGUUCAGUAAGGACUGCGCGAUUUAAAUUCUGAAAGUAGCAGAUUACAAAGACGGUGUGAGAUGACCACGAGACUGGAGGAACCGUGCGCUCUGUCAUGCUGAGCAUCUCCCUCACACUCCUGCUGGCCCUAACCGCUCCCGCCGUGCGCUGCUCCCACAGCUGGAGCGACGAAGAUCUUCUGCUUCCACCCAUCAACUCCUCCAACACAUUUCUACCUAGCCUGGAGGUGGACGUUGGCUACUCAAAGAGAUCCGUGGAGGAGCCCGAUGCAUCCACGCAGUGCAACGUGAGCGUGGAGAGACUUCCCACCAAACUCGUGGCGCGCUGGGACAGUAACUUCGGUUUCCAGUGCGACGUGCUCAUUUACACGACUAACAAUCAUGGCAAAGCGUUCUUUUCCGCCGCCUAUAACCGGGCGAUCUCCCCGGUGUACAUCGAACAUCUGGGCGUCACGGGUGGCCAGCAGGAGUUCAGACUGUGCGUCGGCUGCGGUUUGUCCAGAUACAGGAGAUUCAGGCGAGGCAGGUCAGAUGGUCAUCAGAUGGGCGACUCCGUCCAUUUCUGCUGUCUGGAUUUCGCUCUGGAUGAGCUGAAGGGGGACAGGAGCUGGAGGUUGAACCGCAAACCCAUCGAGUCGACUUUGGUGGCUUGUUUCAUGACUUUAGUAAUAAUAAUAUGGAGCGUCGCCGCCCUCAUAUGGCCGGUUCCUAUUAUUGCUGGAUUUCUUCCUAAUGGAAUGGAGCAGAGAAGGCCGAGGUAAUAGAACAGAGUAGAAUAAAAUCUUAAUUUAUCAGAAUAUUACAUUCCAGUUCAACCUCUCAAAUUACUAUAUUUAUUAGGUAUGUAGGAUCUAAUACAAUAUGUUUGCUUAACCAGUACAAUUCUUGUGCUUAAAUGUCUUUUAACAUAUCCUGGAUGGAUUGAGAUUUUUUUAUUAGAUUUCAUUUGUUUUUUAAACAUGGCCUGUAAUAGCUAUACACUUAAUGUAGUAUUCCGAAGUAAUUCCAAAUG